AGAGAGGGAGCAAUCCUGCACCUAGGACACCUAAAAAGGAUGUACUGCUGUAGACCACGGGAUGCUGCUUCUGUUACAAACUCCUUAAAGAAACUUAAGUGCUCCUAAGCAGGACCACUGAAGGCAAAACGGACAAAUGGACAGCUUGUAGCGUGUUGUACGUUAUCACUCCUGGUGUGACACGAGAUGGAAAGAACUCAAAUUUGUUUAUCAAAGCCCAUGAGUGUAGACCUGGAUGACCACCACAAACCUGAGUUUAGAAGAGUUUUUAGUUCUUCCAUCAUUGAAAAUGGGCAUCAGUCUUCAUCAGUUCAGGAAAAAGUCUUCCAUGAACACUCUUCUGUUAACAUGUCAGACUCUUCCCCUGAAGCCCAUGCCCCUGCAGUCACCUUACAGAUGCCCCACCUUCCCGUUACUGCAGUAACCAGGAUAUCAGAGAAAUUUCCAGGAGAGACCACAGGAACAACUAAUACAUCUGCUGGCCUGCUGGGACAGAGCAAGAGCAAAAAUGCAAUGGCAGUGAAAACUUCCAACCAGUCAGAGAAUACCACUUCUGUCACUAAGUCUGUCUCAACUGUGAGCUAUGGGAUGAGUAGUGGAACCAAAACUAGCGAAAGUGCCACUGACAGUUACUGUGAUGUGACCCCCAGCUCUCACUCCUCACCUACCACUGUACAUCGCCAAGUUGAAAGGAGGCGAGAACUGGUGAGGUCUCAGACGCUCCCACGGACCUCAGGAACACAGGCCAGGAAAGCACUUCUUGAGAAAUAUGAACACAGUGGUGGAAAAGGAAAAGGAGAAUCUAGAGUGAAGCUGAAGAGGUCGCAGAGUUUUGCAGUUGCCAGCGCUAGCAGCAUUAAACAAAUUCUGUUAGACUGGUGUCGCUCAAAAACCAUAGGAUACAAGCACAUUGAUCUCCAGAACUUCUCCUCAAGUUGGAGUGAUGGGAUGGCAUUCUGUGCUCUUGUGCAUUCUUUCUUUCCUGAAGCUUUUGAUUAUAGUAAGCUUGACCCAGCUAAUCGCAAGCGGAACUUUGAGCUGGCCUUCACCAUGGCAGAGAAAAUGGCUCAUUGCGAUCGUCUGAUAGAAGUGGAUGACAUGAUGAUGAUGGGUCACAAGCCAGAUCCCAUGUGUGUCUUCACCUAUGUCCAGUCUCUAUACAAUCAUCUACGACGCUUUGAAUAAAACCAUUGACACCUCUCCAGCCGGAAGGGCCAAGUACAGCAUGCUGAUUGCAAGAGUGACAUUUUGCAAAUGGAACACAGUGUUAUUUCUUGCUUUUUUUACUGUCCCUUUGCUUACAUGGCUGGCUGACUGAAGUGUUGCUGAGCAGCGCCCCAAAGUGUUGAUCACAUCAGCAUGUUGGUAAUACAGAAAAAUGUUUGAAAGGGACAAACAUAGGGAAAGUCAAAUGCUGUCAUUCUGGUGCUAGUAGUAGGUUGGAAUUUUUAAUAUUCUUGUGUUUAAAGAUCACAGGAAGCUAAUUUGCUGCUCCUAUCUCUAUUAGGCUGGGGACACAGUUUUAUGCAGUGACAGGUAACUGCUAUGAAGGUGUUCCCUCUUCAAAUGCAGGUAAAACUCGAGAAGAUAGCACCUUCAGUUCAUUUCUCUGUUGAGCAUAGCACAAAAUAGUAGAUGGACAAGGAAAAUUCCAUUUAGCAAAUAAUAACCUAGAGUAAUCAACCACUAAGGCAAUAUUGCUUCUCCCCCAGCCCUACACCCUCCAGCAUACAUGCACGUGCACACACACACACCAAACAGGCAUUGUUCUUUUCUCUUAAAGCAUAAAGAGCAUAGCCUCUUACCUGCUGACUAGAACAACAGAUAACUACCAUGUUACACAACAGUGUUUGUCUGUAAUGGUCAUAUCUAAAGCGAUUUGCUAAAGCCUCUGCUGGCAGUCUUGAAUUAAUUUCUUGAUCCUGAAGAAUAGCAACAGCUGGAGCUGUUCCUGUGUGAGAUUGUGUAUUUGCAUGAUUUAGGAUUAUGGGAAGGGGAGUAGCUAGCAAGGUACAAAAUCCUCUGAACAGUUGUAAUAUAAUCAAGACUGUGUGCUUUGAUCUGGACUUGGGGACAGCAACUCCCCAGUGGGGACAGGAAUGAAGUCUUUACGACUUGCUUAGUCCUCACACUAACUGAGGUGGACAGGCAAUAUGCCAAAGAAGUACAAAAGAUGUGGGAGUUCUGAAAUGCCUUGGACUACUUUCCAUUUUAAGUUAAAUUAGUGUUAAAACCACAAUAUAGUGGGAUUAUUCUAGUAAAUUUCUCUUUGGUAAAUCAACGGAGCUUUGUUUUCACAGUGAAUGUUAAAACCACUGAAAAAGCAUACUUUAG